UCUAAACAGGAUGAGGAUGUUUCUGCCAGUCGCUUUGAAGACAAUGAAGAGCUGCGUUAUUCACUACGUUCCAUCGAAAAACACGCACCAUGGGUGCGGCACAUCUUUAUCGUAACCAAUGGACAGAUACCGUCUUGGCUUAACCUGGAUAACCCCCGUGUUUCAGUGGUUACUCACCAGGACAUUUUUCAGAACCAUUCUCACCUGCCAUCAUUCAGUUCUCCUGCCAUAGAGACCCACAUUCACCGAAUCCCAGGACUCUCUCAAAAGUUCAUCUACCUCAAUGAUGAUGUCAUGUUCGGCAAGGACGUGUGGCCUGAUGAUUUCUACAGCCACUCUAAAGGUCAAAAG